AUGUGGGAACUGCUCAGCGUGCUGGGCGCCCUCACGGCCGCGGGACUUCUGCUGGGGGCAGCGUGGGGGGUCGCCCGCGCGGUGUACAUCUACCUGCUGCCCUGGGCUGGUCCAGGCGAUGCUUGGAUCCGGGCGCAGGGAGCCUGGGCAGUGGUGACUGGAGCCACAGAUGGCAUAGGCCAGGCUUAUGCGCAUGAGUUUGCCAAGAAAGGUCUGAACAUCGUUCUCAUCAGCCGAAACAUGGACAAGUUGAAAAAGGAGGCUAAGGAGAUUGAGCGGCUUCAUGGUACGGACACGCGUGUCAUCCAGGCUGACUUCACUGGGGGCUUGGAGAUCUACGGGGCCAUUGAGGAAGGGCUGAAGGGCCUGGAGAUUGGAGUACUGGUGAACAACGUGGGCAUGAAUUACUCUCCGCUCUUCAGGAAACUGCUGGACUGUGAGAACCCAGCCCAGACAGUGAGCCCAAGUACGGUCUCCACAAACAUGACCUAUAACGCCAAGACCGGAUUGCUGGUGAAGAGUCCCCAAGAUUGGGCUGAGCAGGCGGUGCACACCCUUGGCCUCUCCUCCCACACCUCUGGGUGCCUCAGUCACGCGAUUCAGUCGCUGGACAGUCAAGUUUUUGUCUCUGGUGGUGUCGAUAACGCUUGA